GCCGGUUGGACUGGAUCUCUAACAGGCGGUCAAGGAGCCAUCUGACCUUAUCUGGCAUCUUCUGGUCGCAGACAUGAGCGGAAGAGUAGGAGACCUCAGUCCUAAACAGACUGAAGCGCUGGAGCAGUUUCGAGAGAGGAUACAAGACAUUCUUCCUCAACUUCCUGCACAACAUGACCACUUCCUGUUACGCUGGCUCAGAGCCAGAAACUUCAAUGUCCAGAAGUCUGAGGCCAUGCUGCGAAAGCAUUUGGAGUUCAGGAAACACUUGAAAGUAGACACAAUAAUCACUGAAUGGCGUCCACCAGAGGUGAUAGAGAAGUAUCUGUCAGGAGGGAUGUGCGGCUACGACCGUGAGGGCAGUCCCAUCUGGUAUGAUGUCAUUGGACCUGUGGAUCCCAAAGGCCUCUUCCUGUCUGCCUCCAAGCAGGACUUCAUCAAGUCCAAGAUCAGGGACUGUGAGAUGCUGCAGAAGGAAUGUAACCUCCAGACGCAGAGGCUGGGGAGGAACAUAGAGUCAAUCACUAUGAUCUACGACGUUGAAGGUCUGGGUCUGAAACACUUGUGGAAACCUGCUAUUGAGACAUAUGGAGAGAUCCUCCAGAUGUUUGAAGACAACUACCCAGAAGGCCUGAAGAGGCUGUUUGUCAUUAAAGCUCCUAAACUCUUCCCGGUGGCCUACAACCUCGUCAAACACUUUCUGAGUGAGAACACGCGACAAAAGAUCCUCAUCCUCGGGGCCAACUGGCAGGAGAUUUUACUGAAGUACAUUGAUGCAGAGGAGCUGCCGGUGAUAUACGGGGGAAAGCUGACGGAUCCGGAUGGAGAUCCCCGCUGUCGGACCAGGAUAAACCAUGUCGGCCCGGUUCCCCCCUCAUACUACGUGCGGGAUCAUGUUAAAGUGGACUAUGAGCAGUGUCUGAGCGUCAGUCGAGGUUCCUCCAAACAGCUGGAUUAUGAGAUUCUGUUUCCGGGCUGCGUCCUCAGGUGGCAGUUUGCCAGUGAGGGUGCAGACAUUGGUUUCGGGGUGUUUCUAAAGGCUAAAAUGGGUGAAUGGAAGAAAGCGGCUCAGAUGGAAGAAAUCGUUCACAACCAGCGCUACAACGCUCACUUAGUGCCCGUGGACGGAUCGCUGACCUGUGAACGCCCAGGAGUCUAUGUGCUGCGAUUUGACAACACUUACAGCAUCUUUCAGGCAAAACGAAUCAGUUUUACUGUCGAGGUCCUGCUCCCUGACCACUUACAGACCCAACAGACCAACGGAGCGUCCAGCACGCACACGCAAGCAGAGGGCAACAGCCAAUCAUAACCAGGAAGAUGAUGUCAGAUUAGUAGUGUUUAGCCGCCACGAGUAAGCACAGCCUGAGAUACUUGAUUUGAAGAUGAACCACGACAUGCUGCCAAUACACAACAAUUCAAAGUAUUUAUUAAACCCCUUUAGAAGAUCUGAUGACCUAUUGAUCAUCUUUAAUAUUCAUGUGGUGUCCCCUUCGGAAACAGGAGUUAUUAUCCUCUAACAAAACAAUGUAGGAGACAAAGAUAUAUGGAUGUACGUGUUAUAUAACGAUAUAUUGAUCCGACUUUGUGGCAACACUUUAGAAGAACCCUUUUCAAAGCCAGUAGACGGUUGCACUAACUGUUCGUAAGUUCACUAACUGGAGAUUUACACAUCAUUAAAUUAAAACAGUUGCACCACAAAACACUGUUAGUUCUCACCUACAGUUGUUACUGAAUAUUCUCAAGUGCUGUACUUUUUGAGGUACUUGUACUGUAGUAUUUCCAUUUUAUGCUGCUUUAUACUUCCACUCCACUACA